AUGGGGGACGAGAGCACCUCCAACUCGGUCUCUCAACUUGGCGGGAUUGAUGGGAACAAAAGCCAUGAGACCCAGGUGGUGUUGAACGUCUACGACCUCACCCCUCUCAACAAUUACACCGUUUGGUUCGGCCUCGGAAUCUUUCACUCUGGUAUUGAAGUCCAUGGCAAAGAGUACGGUUUCGGAGCCCAUGACUUCCCAGUCAGUGGAGUUUUUGAAGUGGAACCAAGGAGCUGCCCAGGUUUUAUUUACCGGUGUUCUGUUUCACUUGGCCGCAUAAAUAUGCAUCCCUCUGAAUUUCGGACAUUUAUUGAGAAUGUUGCUUCAGAGUAUCAUGGGGAUACCUAUCACCUCAUCUCCAAGAAUUGCAACCAUUUUACGGAUGACAUGGCAUGUAGGUUGACACAAAAACGGAUUCCCGGAUGGGUGAAUCGGCUCGCUCGGCUAGGUUCUUUGUGCAGUUGUCUUCUUCCUGAAAGCCUUCAAGUGACUACUGUUAAACAGAUACCUGAAUACCAUCAUGAGUCUGAAGAAGAUGGUACCGAAACUCUAUCAAUCACCACCCCUCGUGUAUCAGAGGAAUUGGAUGAUGAUCAAGAGAAGCGCCUGCUGUCACCAUUGGCUGCAAUGUCUCCGGUGGCUGGAAGUGGAGAUGUGACUUUUGUUAAAGAGGCUCACAAGUGA